CAGGGGCGGACUGACCAUUUGGAAACUCGGGCACUGCCCGAGGGCCCGGGGUCAGUAGGGGGCCCCAUGAGAUGCCCCUGGUACCUUUUUCAUAGGCUUUUUCGAGUUUGGGCAAGGACACAGUGGCCCCAUGAUCCCCUAUUGCCCGGGCGCCCCAUGAGUUGUCAGUUUGUCCCUGCUGUCCACCCCUGCUGUUUGGGCAAGUACACAGGGGCCCCAUGAUCCCCUAUUGCCCGGGGGCCCCAUGAGUUGUCAGUCCAUCCCUGAC